UUUCCGGCACCGACUUACAGUUAACAGAGAAGAGAGUUUUGGAAGUGGGACUUUCGAAUUCGGAUGGGAUGAGAUUAAUCAGAUUAUAGAUCAUAGAAUUUGAAAGGCAAGUUUCAUAGAAAUUAAAUAACACUUCACUUAUUAUUAUUUUAUUUUUAUCACACGCACAAAUUUUCCCCUUCCCUUUGAACCUUUCAAUAUAGUUUCAUCGCUUCACCCGAAUUCAACAAGGGUUUUGAAUUUGAUUUGAUUCAUAGUGCACUUGAUUGGGUUUGUUACAACAUUUCAGUUAUUUUGGUACAAUUCAUAUUGGUUUGUUGACCUUGGUUUUGAGAUUGCAAUUUGCAAGUAAUAUUAAAUCAAUAGCAUAUAGGCUGUUUUAAAGUAUAUUAGAUUUGAAAUGCCAAGUUUAUGAGAUUAAGAAGUUAGAGUUUCUGGGUGAAGUUGUUUGGUAUCAUUUUUUGGUUUAUUAGUUAGUUGGAAGGCUAUUUUGAUUUUGGGGUAGCUGGUGAAAGUUAUGGAACUAGCUCAGCGGAGAGUAUUGGAGAAUGGCGAGGCGGAGGAGAUGGAAGUUGAGAUUCCGGCUGAAGAGCAUCGAAUCUACCAUUCCCAUCCUGCAAGCUUCGUCAAGAAGAGGGCUUAUGUAUUUGAUGGUUUAGGGAAUUUUUAUAAUAAGGAUUGGGAUCUGGCAUACCUUUAUAAAAAAGACGAAAGGGAAACAGUUGGAGUUGAAGGCCGAGAGAAUGAGUUUUCUUGGUACCAUGUAGAACUCCCUAAAGGAAAUCAGAAGUUGUCGCAAUCCGCGCAGGACUUGAUCGGUGUUCUCUGCCCGCCGUUGAAGCUACAAGAUAUUCUCUCGCUUGUUAGUAAUGGACCCUUUUGUGCAUAUGUAGAUGGGGCGCUUGUCUUCCGGGUUAAUUCACCAGGACCUCCUUCUAGUGACUUUACAUUUAGAAUUGCUGCUAGAGUUACGGAGAAUUCGGUAAUUACUGUGUCUUUGGGGCGUGUUCCCCGGCUAGGUUUCUCACGCAUGGGCGAAUCUCUACUUUCGGAAAUUCCUAGUGUUGAAAGCUCUUCUAAUUUUAGAGGUCAGCAGAAGGAAAAAAGUGGGACUGUGAUUAAGGAGCAUGUUCUUGAAUUCUUGUUAACUAUGAACCACUCCGAGGAAGCUGACAAUCCAGUGCCUAGAUCUGUUCCAAAACUUGUAGUUCACAUAAUUGAUACACAUGUAGAUCAGCUUCAAGAUAUUGUGACCAAGCUUGAGAUAGAGUUGGAUUCUGUGGAGCUUGACCUGGAUAAAGGUGGUUAUGCUCUGAAGAAACAAAUGCUAGAUGACAGAAGAUUCCCCAAACUUCACAUUAAUUUGCAGCGUCUCCUGCAGGUGAUUGGUCAUGGGGAACAAGUAUAUCUUCGUGUCAAAGAAAAAUGCUCUUCGAGAAGAUGGUUUCCAAAUGAAGACAUUAACACCCUUGAUGAACUAAUUGGAAGGUUAAGGAGGAUGAAGGAGAAUGUAGGGUUUAUAGUAAAUCGUGUCACAGCAAUUCAGGCCGGUCUUGAUAGCUGGCAGUCAGAGCAAAUUAACAGGAAACUGUACUAUCUUUCAUUCCUUUCAAUAAUAUUCCUCCCUUUGUCCAUCAUCACAGGAGUCUUUGGCAUGAAUGUUGGAGGAGUUCCAUGGACAGGUCAAAAUGCCCCAGCACUGAAGGAUGGUUUUCGGAACGUCAUGUUUGUCUGCGUUGCUAUGGUACUUCUUGUACUGCUCUGUUUCAUUUUCCCAGCUCUUUAUUCCCAUGUAGCUGCUGCAUGGCGAACAAAGAGAGUUCUGGGAAGAAACUGGUCAUUCAACAAGAAGUCAUUGCUCAGGAGAUCAUUAAGGACAGAAGAUUCACAGAGAGGGGGCUACCUUCGGAUUUAAUGGUGACAGUGUCUAUUUUAUUUCAUUGUGCCAUUUCAUUUUAUAAGUGAGUCAUUGUACUACUCUGCCAUGAUAGCAUGUUUGGAUCAACUUCUCUUUUCUCCGAAUCAAUUCUGGUAUCUAGAAGCUACUCACAGAAGCUUCUCUCCAGAAUUGAUUUUGGCUUUAGAAUCAAUUGUAGAAUGACUUCCAAACAUGCAUCCAUCACUUCCUUCAGUUUUCUAGAAUGUCUCACUUGCAAGCAAUUUUGAUCAGCUGGUUUUCAAUGGCUGGUUAAGGAGAAAUGAAUAACCUGAUAUUAGUUUUCAGUACACACGCACACUUGAAAGCCUAAAUGGAAUCCUCUAUGAAGGGUUGAUUCUCUGGUAGAGUAAGAUGGAGAUUGUGAUCAAGGCAAGCUCAUCGUUUAUUCUUUCAUUUUUUUAUUUCCUCCUUGUGAAGGGGCUAUGUGGACUCAUCUCUUCAUUCAUUUUUUUUGGCAUUUAUGGCAACAUUUUUAACCUGUACAGUGUACUUCGUUUGGUUAACUGCAGAUUCUCCUCUCAGAUUAUUAAUUGUCACACCAUUUGAAGCAUUUUUUGGACC